AUGACGACGAAUCAAUUCCGGGACGAUACGCCAGUGCCGACCGAUACGGACGACGGCACCCUCACCAACAGUCACACUACCAACCACAACAACAACGACACUGCCCUGCUUUGGCACGCCGGGUCAUCCCACUGCAAUUUGCGUCCUCGUCCCAACGUCCGUCGCGUCUAUCCCAGCAUACGCGACCUUCCCAGCAGUCGCACCGUGGGUAGUCUCAGUCACACUCACAGCACCCACACUCUAUUGACCUCCACAUCUCCGGAACAGCCCCCCAGAAUCCUCUACGGCAUCCAGUCGUCCGACAGUUUGGAAGACGAGGCCAGCCAUGGCCAAGAUCAUUUGCCGACACACGCCACUCUAGCCGUGACCUCACUCGACUCUACCCACUCCCGUACAUCCUCUGCACCGCCCACCACCGAACACGAUCACGGGCCCGGGCAACCACCAUUGUUUGGACGACGACCCGUCGCGCAAUCUCUGGAAGACGAUGAUGAUGAUGAUGACGACGACGACAAACAAACACACGUAGGCCCACUCCCCGAUCAAUGGUUUGCCCUCGAAGCACGCAAAUCCCCACCGUCGUCGUCGAUAGUAUCAUCGGGACCGCUGAGCUCUCGGACGUCCACGACACCGUCCAUACCCUUGUCACGGAUCGCCCGCGACGUGUCGUUGGGCGUUGACAACCAACCCUUCCGACCAGUUCGCCACAUACCCAGCUUGGAUACCAUCCUCAGCAAUGGUACGAAUCGCGGCGAGCAAACCACAGACGUACCUGCCUCGGUCGGGGAGGGAUCCGUACCCAAACCAUCCGCCUCCGUGUCGACACCCGGCGCGGAGGCCAUGGCCUACGAUGCAUCCCUCGUGAAUCCCAAAGACAUGUCGGAAGACGACAUGAUACGAGCCGCUCUGGAAGCCUCACAGCAGACCCCGGAACCGUCGCGUCUGCCACUCGAUGUUGCCCCAUUCGCAGUGGACAACGACCAAAUAGAGGCCUGGAAAGAUAACGCUCGUACCGUACGCGUCAUCUGCGCGUCGGACGAUGUCGAUUUGAGCGUCCUGGAUUUUGCCUUGCAAGAAUGUCAGAACGAUUUGAAAGACAUUGAAACCCUGAUUAGUCAAAAUUUCGACGAAGCACAAGUCGAUCUCGACACCCUGUUGGAACUAAACGGUAUUGUCUUGAACGCAAUCGAGACGGGAAAAGACACAGCCAAUAGUUUCAAAAAGCGAGCCCCAGUCUCUACCAAGAUCGUCGAUUUGGACGUGCACGAGUUGGUCGCCAACAAGGACGUCUUCAGUUUGAUAUGUAUGCUGCGCUCGCCACAAAAGGAUUUUCGUAUGGAAGCGGCCCUCGCCCUACUGGAUUUUGCACGGGCACAGAAAACGUGCGAAGGCGAAGAGCAGGACAACCGCAUUCGUAGUGAGAUCUGUAGUUUGGGGGGUAUGCAUUCGUUGUUGGCGUUGUUCCGAACGCAGGGCACCAUUUACGAGUUGCGAGUGGUAGCGGCCCUGGCAGUGGCAUACGUUGUCCCUACCUUUGCCGUUGCGUCAUCCCAAGUCACACCCAGUUUGGGACUGAAAAUUUUGGAGUGUUUGCGCUUUCUCAUCACGGCACGGUCCGUCACACCCAACGAUAAGAGUAUUACCAGGGAAGAGAGUUUUGCCUCUUCGGCUUUCGGUUUGACGACUUUUUGGGUCAACCAACUAGAGCCCAUGUUCACUGCAGAAUACGGCUCGUCCAAACUCACCACUCAAGAGAUGACAAUCUUGGGCUCGCCGUCCACCUUCUUUGGCCACAACGUUUCAGAUUCGGUUCGCAUGGGGUGUUUGGGAGCAGCUGGUGUAUUCGAUCAACCCAAGGAAUUGAUUGAGUUGCAAGUGCUUUUGGACGAAACCGUCUCCUUGAUCUUGAGCACUGCAAAAAAAGCAGACGCGAACUAUCUGUGCGAUUGA